AUGUCUACAGGUAACACAGAAGACUCUUUGCAAACUACAAAAAGACUUGCUUCCUAUACCGCUCCUCCAGAUGUUUAUAGUGAUUUAAUAAAUAGCGACGAUGAAAGUGAUCCAUUUGCGCAACGUAGCACCUCACGGCGAAUAAUAGAUCGAGAAAGUGAAUAUCAUGCUAGACGGCUCAACCGCACGCUUUCACCAGAACGUCAUGAUCCCUUUGCUGAAGGGGAAGCUAACGGUGAAUCGCGAUCGUAUGUUGAGGUUAUCAGGCAAGCUGAGUUAGAGCGCGAGGAACGUCGACUGCUUCAAAAACUUGAGGAAAAGAAAAAGGAGACAAAGGAAAUGGCAAAAGAGCAAUCAACAGCGCAGAAAAAGAGAAGAUGGGACAUGGCCACGCCGGUUGAUACAAAACCUGCUUCAGAAUGGUCGAAAACAGACGAAGAGGAGACAAACACAUCAAAAACAAGAUGGGAUGAAACACCUCGGGGAAGCUCUGAUGCCUCUAUGGAGACUCCCCGUAAGCGUAGUAGAUGGGAUAUUACUCCCCUAGCAACAACCAAGAAAUCACGUUGGGACGAAACUCCUGUAGUUGCUAAUCAACUUGGUGCAACACCUGUCGGAAACCUGGGACUUGUUACUCCUACACCAGGUCAUUUGGUUCCAAUGACGCCUGAAGCUCAACGAUGGGAGAAGGAUCUAGACGCUCGCAAUAGACCGUUAUCAGAUGAAGAACUAGAUACUAUGUUUCCGCAAACUGGCUAUAAGAUUCUUGAACCACCUUCGGGGUAUGUUCCUAUUCGCACACCAGCUCGUAAGCUGAUGGCGACGCCUACUCCAAUUGCUGGUGAUGGCUUUGUAAUGUUGGAAGAAGAUCGUAAUCAAACGUAUGAUAUACCAGCUGAAAUACCUGGGGUUGGUAAUUUGCCAUUCUUUAAACAGGAAGAUAUGCAGCAUUUCGGUAAACUACUCGAUGAUAAGGAUGAAAGCGAAAUGUCAGUGGAAGAACUUAAAGAGCGAAAAAUAAUGCGAUUGCUUCUAAAAAUUAAAAAUGGAACACCGCCAAUGAGGAAAACUGCACUUCGACAGAUAACCGACAAAGCCCGUGAUUUCGGCGCCGGUCCCUUGUUUAAUCAAAUUCUUCCUCUGCUUAUGUCGCAAAAUCUCGAAGACCAAGAACGUCACUUGCUAGUGAAAGUUAUAGAUCGUAUUCUUUACAAGCUAGAUGCUCUCGUUCGACCAUACGUUCAUAAAAUAUUGGUAGUAAUUGAGCCUCUGCUUAUCGAUGAGGAUUAUUUCGCGAGAUGUGAGGGAAGAGAAAUAAUAAGCAAUCUAAGUAAAGCGGCUGGACUACCGACGAUGAUCGCCACUAUGAGACCAGACAUUGACCAUGUUGACGAGUACGUCCGUAAUACUACAGCCCGCGCAUUCUCAGUGGUUGCAUCUGCACAUGGAAUACCCGCCCUUUUGCCAUUUUUGAAAGCUGUGUGCAAGAGUAAAAAGUCAUGGCAAGCACGACAUACAGGUAUCAAGAUUGUCCAGCAGAUAGCCAUACUGAUGGGAUGUGCCGUUUUGCCGCACUUGAAAAAUUUAGUUGAAGCUAUUGCGCAUGGGCUAGAGGAUGAUCAACAAAAAGUACGAACUAUUACUGCUCUUGCAAUCGCCGCUUUGGCAGAGGCUGCUGCCCCGUAUGGUAUCGAGUCAUUCGACUCAGUACUUAAGCCUCUAUGGACCGGUAUACGCAAACAUCGUGGGAAAGGACUCGCUGCAUUUUUGAAAGCCAUCGGAUAUAUCAUUCCAUUGAUGGAUGCUGAAUACGCUAACUAUUAUACAAAAGAAGUCAUGAUUAUUCUCAUUCGGGAGUUUCAAUCUCCGGAUGAAGAAAUGAAAAAGAUCGUACUCAAAGUCGUUAAACAGUGUGCAGCAACAGACGGAGUUCAACCCCAAUACAUAAAAGAAGAAAUAUUACCCGAAUUUUUCAAGAAUUUCUGGGUACGUCGUAUGGCACUUGAUCGCCGUAACUAUCGACAAGUAGUAGAGACUACAGUAGAACUUGCUCAGAAGGUUGGUGUCACCGAAAUAGUGGGCCGGAUAGUCGAGGAUCUCAAGGAUGAAUCCGAACCAUACAGGAAAAUGGUUAUGGAAACUAUAGAGAAGGUUAUCAGUCAACUUGGAGCAGCUGAUAUAGAUACGCGGCUUGAGGAGGUCUUGAUCGAUGGUAUUCUUUACGCCUUCCAAGAGCAAACCGUUGAAGACGUCGUCAUGCUUAACGGUUUUGGAACAGUUGUUAAUGCACUUGGUCUUCGCGUGAAGCCUUAUCUUCAGCAAAUCACCUCGACCAUUCUAUGGAGACUUAACAACAAGUCAGCUAAGGUCCGACAACAAGCAGCUGACCUCAUAUCACGUAUUGCAGUUGUUAUGAAGACUUGUGGUGAAGACAAACUCAUGGGUCAUUUGGGCGUUGUGCUUUAUGAAUAUCUUGGCGAGGAAUAUCCGGAGGUUCUGGGCUCGAUUCUAGGAGGAUUAAAAUCGAUUGUUAACGUAAUUGGUAUGUCAAGCAUGACUCCGCCUAUCAAAGAUCUUCUUCCACGACUUACCCCGAUAUUGAAAAACCGGCACGAAAAGGUAGAGGAACAAUGUAUCGAUUUGGUUGGCCGUAUUGCUGACCGUGGGGCAGAAUUUGUAAGUGCGCGAGAAUGGAUGCGCAUUUGUUUUGAACUAUUAGAUAUGCUUAAGGCACACAAGAAAGGCAUCCGAAGAGCCACCGUCAAUACAUUUGGAUAUAUUGCUAAGGCAAUUGGACCACAAGAUGUAUUGGCAACUUUGCUUAACAACUUAAAGGUACAAGAACGACAAAAUCGAGUAUGCACCACCGUAGCGAUUGCAAUUGUAGCAGAGACCUGCGCGCCAUUUACAGUUUUGCCUGCUUUAAUGAAUGAGUAUCGUGUUCCAGAACUUAAUGUUCAGAAUGGUGUUUUAAAGUCACUCUCAUUCUUAUUCGAAUAUAUCGGUGAAAUGGGCAAAGAUUAUAUUUAUGCGGUGACUCCGCUAUUGGAAGAUGCUCUUAUGGAUAGAGACCUUGUACAUCGGCAAACCGCUUGCACCACAGUAAAACAUAUGGCAUUGGGGGUUGCAGGCUUAGGGUGUGAGGAUGCACUUCUUCAUCUUUUAAACUACGUUUGGCCUAACAUCUUUGAGACCUCCCCUCACGUUAUUAACGCAGUAAUGGAGGCGAUUGAAGGCUUGCGCGUAGCUCUUGGACCUGCGACGGUAUUACAAUAUGUCUUACAGGGUUUGUUCCACCCAGCACGCAAAGUGCGCGAGAUUUAUUGGAAGAUCUAUAACAAUUUAUAUAUUGGAUCUCAAGAUGCUUUGAUUCCCUACUAUCCAAGAAUAGAAGACGAUGAGCGAAAUAACUAUGAGAGAUAUGAGUUGGCUAUGUGGCUAUGA